GGCUGCCACGCCGAGUUCCGGUUCCUGUGGCUGCGGCCGCGGGCGGGCGGUGAGGCUAGGCGAGAGUGCAGUUGGCGCCCGGGCUCGCCGCCCCCGCCUCGCCGCACCUACGGCUUGCUGCCGCGCGGGGGCUUGCGCCGCCCCUGCCUCCCCUUCCGGGCCAUGGUGCAACCCCAGGGCGCGUCCGUCCCCCGCCGCCGCUGACCCCGGUCCCCCACUCCAUGGCCGCCUCGGCGCCGCCCCCACCGGACAAGCUGGAGGGAGGUGGCGGCCCCGCACCGCCCCCUGCGCCACCCAGCACCGGGAGGAAGCAGGGCAAGGCCGGUCUGCAAAUGAAGAGCCCAGAAAAGAAGCGAAGGAAGUCAAAUACUCAGGGCCCUGCGUACUCACAUCUGACGGAGUUUGCGCCACCCCCGACUCCCAUGGUGGAUCACCUGGUUGCAUCCAACCCUUUUGAGGAUGACUUCGGAGCCCCUAAGGUGGCAGCCUCAGUAGCCUUGGGGACCUCAGCAACUAUGGCCUCCUGCCCAGACUCGGACAAUAGCUGGGUGCUUGCCGGCUCAGAGAACCUGCCUGUGGAGACCCUGGGCCCUGAAUCCAGGAUGGACCCAGAAUCUGAGAGAGCUCCCCAGGCCCCUUGGAGCCCGUCCAAGGCAGCUGCUGAGGAAUUAUCUGGGACCUUGGAUGGAGAAGAGACCCUGUUCCAGAGUGAGAGCUCCCAGUCCAGGCCCAUUCUGCCAGAGGAGACUGAGGCCAAGGAUGUCCUGGAAAGUGAUGAUCGUGGAAUGGAGCCCCCUGGCCCAGGAGACACAGAGGCCCAGGGAGACUUGGAGGAGACCCCUGAGGCAGUAGGCCUGGGACCGGACACACAGGACCUGGAGGAUCAGAGUCCCCCCAACAGCCUGCCCUCAUCCCCCCAAACAGCUUGGAUCAGGGAGGAGGCCCACUGCUCCAGCAGUGAGGACGACACCGACAUGGAUGUGGAGGGUCUGCGGAGGCGGCGGGGCCGGGAGCCCAGCACUCCUCAGCCUGUGGCCCCCCUGGGUGUGGAGGACCAGGCUGGGGGUGAGGGUGCGGGCAGGGAGCUGGGCAUCUCCCUCAACAUGUGUCUCCUUGGGGCCCUGGUUCUGCUGGGCCUGGGGAUCCUCCUCUUCUCCGGUGGUCUCUCAGAGGCUGAAAGUGGGCCCAUGGAGGAAGUGGACUUGCAGGUCUUCCCAGAUACCGGCUGGGAUACUGAGAUGCUGGAGGCUGAGGGGGAUGGGCAGGAUGGGCUAAAGCAGCAGGUGCAGACCUCAGCGCCCCCUGACAGUGUUCCCAGCCUGCAGAACAUGGCCCUUCUGCUGGACAAGCUGGCCAAGGAGAACCAGGAUAUCCGGCUGCUGCAGGCCCAGCUGCAGGCCCAGAAGGAAGAGCUUCAGAGCCUGAUGCAUCAGCCCAAAGGGCUGGAAGAGGAGAAUGCCCGGCUCCGAGGGGCCCUACAGCAGGGCGAGGCCUCCCAGCGGGCUCUGGAGUUAGAGCUGCAGCAGCUGCGGGCCCAGCUCCAGGGCCUGGAGGCUGACUGUGUCCGGGGCACAGAUGGGGUGUGUCUCUAUGGGGGCAGAGGCCUGCGGGCUGGCAAGGUCACCAAGGAGCAAGGCCCAAGGGGGCAGGUGCCAAGCCCUGGCUUCCUGGAGCAGAAGAAACAGCUAGAGGCUGAGGCCCAGGCAUUAAGGCAAGAGUUGGAGAGGCAGCGGCAGCUGCUGGGGUCUGUGCAGCGGGACCUGGAGCAGAGCUUGAGGGAUGCGGGCCAAGGGGACCCAGCGCAUGCUGGCCUGGCUGAGGUGGGUCACAGGCUGGCCCAGAAGUUGCGGGGCUUGGAGAACUGGAGCCAGCGCCCUGGGGUUCCUGCCAAUACCUCAGAGACCUGGCAUCAGGAGCCUCACUUCCAGAGUUCCAGGGAGUGGAGCAGAAAGGAAAAGUGGUGGGAGGGGCAGAGGCACUGGAAGAAGACUGACCACUGGAAACAGAAGAAGGAGGAAUCUGGCCGGGAAAAGGAGAAGAGCUGGGGGGGUGAGGAGGACAGAGAGCUAGUGGGGAGGUGGAAGGAGGGCAAGCCAAGGGUGGAGGGGUGGGCCAGCAAGAAGGAUGGCAAGCGACAGGGUUCUAAGGAGCCCCCCAGGAAAAGUGGGAGCCCCCAUUCCUCCAGAGAAAGGCAAAAACACCCUCAGUGGAAGGAGGGGGCUAAAGACAGGCAUGACCCCAUGCCACUCUGGGCAGAGCUGUUGAGGCACAAGUACCAGGCACCCCAGGACUGCUCGGAUGUGCACGAAUGUGCCCGCCAGGAGGGCCUGGCCUUCUUUGGCAUGGAGCUGGCCCCUGUGCGGCAACAGGAGCUGGCCUCUCUGCUGAGGACGUACCUGGCACGGCUGCCCUGGGCUGGGCAACUGACCAAGGAGCUACCCCUUUCUCCUGCUUACUUUGGUGAGGACGGUAUCUUCCGCCACGACCGCCUCCGCUUCCGGGACUUUGUAGAUGCCUUGGAGGACAGCCUGGAGGAGGUGGCAGUGAGACAGACAGGUGAUGACGAUGAGGUGGAUGACUUUGAGGACUUCAUCUUCAGCCACUUCUUUGGAGACAAAGCACUGAAGAAGAGGUCUGGGAAGAAGGACAAACACUGGCGGAACCCCAGAGUUGUGGGACCCAGGGAGGAACACAGCCACCAGCCCCAGGGCUGAGGCCCUGUGCUGUCUGUCCCCUGGGAACCGUUAAACUGCCACCUCCCUUGGCUCAUUUGGUGUCCUUGGAUAUCCUUCACCGAGGAGAGCGGAAAUCACCCAGCCCCGCACUGAAACCACUUUUGCUAGAAAAAGGUCUUAGCUAGACCUGCCUUGCUAUCUAUGUAAAUGUAUGCAAAUGCUCAGGGUCCUGGGCCAUGACCCUUGCAGCCUGAUUGUGUCACGCCAGUGUGAAGGAGGGGAAGAGAAGCCUGUUUUUUGGGGGGUGGGGAGGAGGUAGGGGGGAUGGGGGCAAUUCUAAUUCUGAAACCAGAGAGCUUUCCUCCGUGUGUGUGUGUGUGUGUGUGUGUGUGUGUGAGCACGCGUGUGUGUCGGGGAGGUGGGGGGAGUGGGCCCCUUGGCUGCACGCACUGACCCGGACCCCCUGGCAUUUGACUAGCCUGGCUGGCUGGGGGCCCAGCAUGAGGGCUUCCCCUGGUGUUUUGUUAGAUUUGGAAGGAGCUGGCCCCAGGGGGCUGAAACCCCCUUUUAAGCCUUGUUGCUCACCUCCCCACGUGAAAUGUAGACUCAGAUCCCAACAAAAUGCUGUUGGAGCUGU